AUGACCCUACAUUGGUUUUCUAUUGCACUCCCGCUAUUAUUAACCACUUCGGUACAUUCCCAAUGUGCUUCAGGUGACAAUAGCAUUGGAGACUUGUGCUAUGUAGUUGUGAAUCAACAGUUGAGCUACCAAGAUGCUGUCGGAUAUUGCCACGGAAUCUCGACAAGCCUGGCGGUUGUUCAUACUACACUUCAGGCCAACUUUUUGGCGUCCACUAUCCGCACAAAAACCGGAACCAGCGACUCCCUGUUCUGGAUCGGUUUGAGCCGAGCUUCAUCCAGCUCCAGAUUCACAUGGGAUGAUGGAUCCGUAAUGUAUUGGAGCAAUUUUGACCUAAACUUCCCGAAAGACAAUAAUAUUGUGGCGGAAAGCGUUAUCAAUGGAAAAUGGAGAACUUUGGCUGGCCAGCAAAAGCUGGUGUUUGCUUGCAGCUAUAAUCCAAAUAAUGUCAAUCCCGCUUCAACUACACCAACUUAUUCAACUGACGCCUCAUCUUCAACUUACGCACCAUACUCUACUUACGCUACUGACUCUUCUACUGCUGGUUAUGGCUCCUCGGCAACUCCUUAUUCCACCGACUCUACUACCAACACCUAUGGACCAACCGAUUCCUCUGCAUCUCCUUAUCCAACCGAUUCUUCGACUUCUUCCUACCCAACUGAUUCAUCAACUUCCCCAUAUUCCACCGGUUCGACUACUUCAUACAUUUUCUAAGUUUUAGUAUCAUAGAUAUUUGAACAUUUUAUUUUGAUUUGAAAUGUAAUAAAACAAUGUAAAAUAA